UGUUAGAUUUAAAUUCGUUAUUAUUAUUUUUUUUUUUAUAAAUUGAACAGAUUUCGUGUAAUUGUAGGUAAAUAAGAAGUAGAAAACAUUUCAACAUUUUGACAUUCAACUAUAUCAUUCUUUUGUAAAUACAUAAACUGUACUUAUGAAUAUAAGGAAUGCAAGUUCUCACUUAAACAUUAAAUCAAUGUAAUCUACCAUUUAUUUUUUAAUAAAGAAAAAAAAUGAUAUCAACUUUGGAAAUUGUGGAGGAUAAAAUUCAGGAAGGACCAAUACGAUGUAUAUUCUUUUCCGAAUUUCAUCAUAUAGCUGGCCCAAAAAUUACUUGUCAGGUUAAGUUGAAAGAUUAUAAUAAAAAUUUCUUAUUAAGUCCAGAACAUUUAGUUCGUUUUAUCUUUCAUUUUUCACAGGUACCUGAUAAUUUUGUAUCGAAAGAUAUAUUUGAUAAUGUCAGUGUUUAUAUUAUACCAAAGGCACAAUUACAAAGAAGUACAAUUACUGUGACAUUGAAAGAUUAUAAAAUCUUAGGAUUUCCAGUGAAAAUAGAUGAUAAAAAAUAUGCAAGAAAUGCUUUUUAUUUUAAUUUAUGUUUUGUGUGUGAUUCAGAAGCUCGUACAGUUCAUUAUGAACCAGUAGUUAAGAAGAUGUCUGAUUUUUUGAUGGCUUUAGAAAUUGAGAACUGUUUCUUAUCUGCUUCCGAUGAUAAAACUAGAUUGGCAGAAAUGCUGGGACAUGUUAUGCAGGAAUUAAAUUUGCAUAAAAUGUGUACAUUAACGGAGGGAACAAUGACAUCACAUUUGAAAGUAGUAAAGCUAGCACCAGAACCUAAGCCAGUCCUUGAUCAUCAAGUACCAAUAUUCUUAGAAGGUAGGGAAGCAUUUCAGAGUGAUCAAUGGGAUUUAACAACUCAGCAAGUAUUACCAUAUAUAGAUGGCUUUAACCAUGUUGCUCGGAUAGCAGCAGAAGCAGACGUUGAAAAUAAUUUAGUUAAAAGCUGUGUACAAAAUUUGGCUAAUGUCUAUGCAGCAACGCCAAAACUAAAACAAUUAGCAGAGGAUAUCAAAUUACAAGAAAGAUGUAUUUCAUAUUCGUCUAAAUCUCCAAGACAACCAGCAUAUCUCAGGGAUAUAUAUCGUAUGUAUGCAAGCAUGACUCAUAGCUGCAGUAUGAGGGACUUGUGUCAACGUUUAAAUCCACAAAAUUUAAGAAUUAAUGAAAGAAGAUUGGUUCAAUUUGGUCUGAUUGAAGGUCUUAUUCGAAGGGUUUAUAAGUAUCCCAUACUUCUACCAGGAAUACCAUAUAAUGAAGAAACACGAAAUAAUCCUGUUUAUAAGUAUUUUACGGGAACAUAUAAUUUGGAUGAAAUUUGUUGUAGUACAGGUCAGAGCGUGGCACAAAUAGAAGAAAUCGUUGAACGUGAUCCAAAUAUUGUUAUGUUAUGGAAGUAACUCAGUUAUACAAAUUAUAUAUAUAUAUGCUUAUAUACAUUAAGAUUUUGUAUAUUAUAGAUAAUGAAACAAGAAAUCUUUUUAUUAUAAUGGAUAUAAAAUGUUAAAUAUACAUAAGCAUAGUAUUUAUUAUCAAAUAAGAAUUCUCACAAGAUGUA